AUGCAACUUCCCUCUCCUGAGAUCCUCGCCUCUUGGCCAGUCCCGAACUACACCAAUCCUAUAACGCGAGGGAAUGGAGUUUUAAUCGUCACUUCUAUUCUAUUUCCUCUGGCUUUAUCUAUGAUAAUCAUCAGACUUUACACUCGACUUGUUAUGUCAAAGAGUUUCGGAUUAGAUGAUUGGCUCAUAAUUGCAGCAAUGCUGCCAUCGACAUCAUUUGCUAUCCUCGCCAUUCUCGCCGAGAAAAAAUUCCGCUUCAAUCGACAUAUAUGGGAUGUUCCGUUCAAUCGGGUUACCUUUGGUCUACAAUACGUUAUAAUCACGCAAAUCGUUUUCACACUUGGCCAAACUCUCACAAAAUGUUCCAUGUUGGCAUUAUACUACCGAAUUUUAUCAAGCGGGAGAAGUUUUAAGAUCAUGACUAUCGCGGCUUCCAUUAUAAUCGCCGUUCAAGGCCUUCUAUUCAUCAUCGUUACUAUUUUUCAAUGCCGACCACCCUCUCAUUACUGGCUUAUAACGUUCGCUCCUCAGCCAGAAUGCAUCAAUGAAACUCUUCAUGUCACGAUUGCUGGAACCAUCAAUACUAUAACUGACUGUAUCGUCGUUUUAUUCCCAAUACCAAAAAUGCUCCGAUUGCAGAUCUCUCAACGUCAACGACUCAUCAUUAUUUUCCUCUUCGGUGCCGGAUUUCUCGUUUGUGUCGCUGGGGCUGUGAGAACAUACUACACUUAUGCAGAAUUGGUUUCAUCGGAUAUGACAUGGGACACUUAUCAUGUUUGGAUAAGUAGUACCGUUGAGCUUUAUGUUGGUAUAAUUGGCGCGUCCGUUCCUGCCACAAAACCUUUUUUCACACGUUACAUACCUUUUAUUCUUCCUCGCUCUUUACUUUCCAACCGAAGCGACCAUUACGCUAUAUCUUCGGCAGACAAGGGACCUUUCUCAGGAUCCACAACAGUCGCUACUCCAAGAGCCUCUCGUACCUCACGAAAACUCUCACACGAUGAUCUUGAAUUAGGCAAUAUUCGAGAGCGAGAAAACAGAUCAACAAGACGCUCAAGAAAUCUAGAUGCGAUUGAAGAGAUUGGGAGUGAUGCCAGCAUUUCGAGUUUUAUGAGAAUGGCAGCUGAGGGUGAAAGAAGGAGUAGUGAUGAAUGUAAAAGCGACAAAACUGGGAUAGGAAAGAGAGAUAGUGAAGAUACCUUCCGCUACACGACGAAUUCCAAAGAUGAAUCAACCGACGAAAGGGAUUUGGGUAUGGCAGCGCAAUACAAGCCGCGAUGUUCUGUGUGA